CCGGGUACCCGCGCCCAUGCGGCUCGGCCCCUUCCGGCUCCUCCCGAAGCGGCGGGUGCCGGGGAUGCUGCGCCUUGCUGGGCUCCGGGCCUCCGCAGGCCUGGCCGCCGCAGCCAGUGCCCCCGCCGCCCCGCGCUCCCCGGGCCUCCGUCUCUUCCUCCGCGCCGCGACCAUGGAGCGCCCCGCAGCGGGAGGAAUGAAUUCCAAUCAGUAUGAAAGUGUGCUAAGAGAAGAGAAGGUAUCAGGGGAAUUAGAAGGCAGCACUGUGGAUUCUCUGACAGACAUGCCGUUUGCUACUGUAGAUAUUCAAGAUGACUGUGGAAUCACUGACGUACCUCAAAUGAAUUCAAAGAGAAGCAAAGAAAAUGAAGACAUCAAGAAUGAUCACAUAAAGAAGAGGAAAAGAGCUCCAAAAAAUUAUCAACCCAACUAUUUCUUGUCGGUUCCGAUCACCAACAAAAAGAUUACAGCUGGAAUUAAGGUCUUGCAAAAUACGAUACUGCAACAGGAUAAGCGACUGGCCAAAGCCAUGGUUGGUGAUGGUUCCUUCCAUGUCACCUUGCUAGUGAUGCAGAUGUUAAAUGAAGAUGAAAUAAACAUUGGUACUGAUGCGCUUUUGGAACUGAAGCCAUUCAUUGAGGAAAUCCUUCAAGGGAAGCACCUGACUUUGUCCUUCCAAGGGAUUGACACUUUCCAAAGUCAGGUUGGCUUUGUGAAGCUGGCAGAUGGAGAUCACGUCAACACACUUACAGAGAUAGCAGAGACUGCAAAAAGAACAUUUCAAGAAAAAGGCAUCCUGGCGGGAGAAAGCAGAAGCUUUAAGCCUCACUUGACCUUUAUGAAACUGUCAAAAGCACCCAUGCUCAGGAAGAAGGGAGUGAAAAAAAUAGAGCCCGCAUUGUAUGAACAGUUCAUCAACCACAGAUUUGGAGAAGAAAUACUGCACCAGAUAGAUCUCUGCUCCAUGCUGAAGAAGAAACAAAGCAAUGGUUAUUACCACUGCGAGGCUUCGAUUGUGAUUGGCAAGAAACCAUUUGGGAUCCAAGACUUAAUUAAUGACGCUUUGCACCGAGAAAGGAUGGAGCUGAAGUCCAAAGUGAAACAGAUAAAGGAACUUUUGCUAAAGCCUGAGACUCAGGCUAUGAUUAGGAAGGAGCUUCUUGAAGGAAGAAUUCUUAAUGAUGGUAGUCACACAGCCGAUACUGACUUCAGUCUGACUUUGCCCUCCACUGCUUAUGAUGGCGAAAAGCUUAUGAACGCUCAGCCCAGCACAUAGCCCUUUGGUAAAUAACCAAAGUGUUCUUACGGUUUCUACAAAGCCCAUGAACCAACAUUUGGUAAGGAAUUAACAACUUCUUGCCAAAGAAAACAUUUUUGCCUUAUCAUCAUCAUCAUCAGUUAAAGUUGAGUUUUAGAAUGUUUAUUUGGGUGUUGCUGACUCAUUUUAUAGAAAUCAUUUCUUAAUUAGCUGUUGUGAGAAGUUCCAUGGGUCCUUGCAGAUAAAAAAACAAAAGCAAAGAAUGUUGACUAUGAAAAAUCCUUUGUAGACAAAACAAAACAGCAAGACAAAAUAAAACCAACAACAGUAUUCUAAGGGUCACCUGCCUCCUGUUGAUAUGGCCCUUUCUUACUAGCAUUGGGCAGGCUCAUCCAGUCUCACAUUACGUUAUAUUUAACGAGAAUUUGAAUGCUUAUUGAGUAUGACUACUUGAAUGAACAUUUACAAAUGUAAUCAUUGCAGUCACUGGUUUAGAAUGUUUUAUAAUAUACACAUGUAUUAUUAUUCACUGAUGAAAAUGUACUUUGCUUUUUCAUUUCUUAGUGAACAAAUGGUCAGUGUUUUUAUUUUCUCCUUCUCUGAGGAUGAGCCCCAAGCCUCACUGUGUUCUUCCCCAGUUGUCUAGUUUGCACUGGUUCACUUUUAUAUUUUUUGGUUGCGAGCCUAGCCUUUAAUGGCUGAGCCAUCUCUCCAGCCCCUGGCUCAUUUUUAAAAGAGCAUUCUUAACCUGUUUCUCCCUAUGUGAUGUUUCUUUGUAACAGCCUUUUCAGUAAUCAUUUAAAAAUUGCUGCUACUAGUAGAUGAUGGGGAGGGAAGUGAUUAGAGAUCAAAUAUGUAAUCAUCUCACUUAUAUAAUCCCGUUUGCUCAUGGAUUUUGGCUAUUUUUUCACGGGGCCAAUGAUUCUACAUUAAUUCAUAUUGUAAUACUUUAUGAGUUCCUACAUUUUCAUGCCUCUUAAUAAAAGUACUGUUUCCCCUG